AUGUCUGAUGCCGUCAACACUGUGACUCCUAGGGUUAUCGACGAUGCACACAGCGAGCAGCAAGUCGUAACCCCCGAUAGGCCCGUUUCAAGUAUCGGGCAGGAAUAUCACCAGCCGCAAUCAAAUAUUAGCAGCGAGUGUACGCAGUCAACAGGAACCCUAGCCGAAGAUCAAGGAGAACGGCUGCUAUCACAUGAUCACGAUCGAGAUAGCAUUAAAGCUAAGCCCGAGCCUGAGAAGCAAACGUACACGAAGCUACAUCGUUCCGUCUAUAUAGUAAUUGUUGUUAUACUCUAUGCAGCAGUUUCACUAUUUGCCUGGGUGGUUACGUGUAUACUCGUAUAUCACCCCAUGACGCUACAACAUUACGACAUCUGGCUUGGUCAAGACGGAAUGGGACAAGGCGAAGAUUACAAUGAGCGUUGGGGGCAUACAGCAUCAGACCUAUACCAAAAGAGUGAAAAAUGGUUUCAGACGGCGCGAGUACUCCAGUCUAUCGUGAACAUCCUGACGAUUCCUGUGGCGUCUGCCGUCUGUGGGAGCGCCGCUGUAGUCUACGCGCAGAGGGGAAAAUACUCGAAGGAUCUAUCGCUCGGGCAGUUGGUACUGCUGGCAGAUAAAACUUGGUCAGACCCUUUGACGAUACUUGAUCUUUUGUUUGGGAAACUGGCUUGGAAAUCAAGUGGGCCAGGAAUAAACCGUUCGAAACGUAGCUAUUCCAGUGCUCUCGUGGUAUUCGCCAUACUGCUACAUCUACUUGGUAGUAUAAUAGCACCCUUGCAGCAGGUACUCCUUGGAACCAAGACAUUACACGUCCCGACAGGCCCGCAGAUGGUUAUAAUGCUUACGGAUUUGCCCAGUCACUUGGACUCAGCAGUUGAUGGGGGUGCUGAAGUGAUUCUUCCAGAUUCGAAUGACGUUGUGCUGAGGACACGGGCGGCCAUGGAGACAGCCAUAAACACUCAAACACAAGCACAAAUGUGGCCGGGGGCAAAUUUCAACUGUAUUACUGACGAACCUCUGGAUCUAGAUACACGAUACAUUUGUGGAAGAGGCACAAUGUUUGGGAACAUGUCCAAACUACCCGACCCGUUCCUGGCUGAGCUGCCUAGUACUAUCCAUACUGGUCUUAUCCGACAGUUUAUCCCGCGUAUCAACUCGACGGCCACAUACGAGAAGAUAACGGAAGCCGAGUUUCCACGAGGCUGUGAGAAUAUUUUUGGAGCUUUCUAUGUCGACUACAAGAACACAACAAUUUCAGCUGGGGAGAACACGACGUGGGGGUUGCAAGCCUGCAUGCCUAAUAACAAUACACACUCACCUUGGAAGUUCAACCGGGACCGACAGGACUUUACGGAGCAGUUGUAUCUCAAUAUCACUCUCGCUGGGUUCCCUUAUAACAGAGUUAUUUAUACACCCACGGCUUCAUAUGCCAAGAUAACGCUACACACCACGGCUGGAUAUUUCGAACUGCCCAAUUACAUGAACCAGGGGGUUGCAGGGCCGCUUCUGGAUAAAGACCCA